ACAGGUGGCCAUGGUGGAGGUGCAGCUGGACGCCAGCCACGACUACCCGCCCGGGCUGCUGAUCGCCUUCAGCGCCUGCACCACGGUCCUGGUGGCCGUGCACCUCUUUGCCCUGAUGAUCAGCACGUGUAUCCUGCCCAACAUCGAGGCGGUCAGCAACGUCCACAACCUCAACUCGGUGAAAGAGUCCCCCCACGAGCGCAUGCACCGCCACAUCGAGCUGGCCUGGGCCUUCUCCACGGUCAUCGGCACGCUGCUCUUCCUGGCCGAGGUGGUCCUGCUCUGCUGGGUCAAGUUCCUGCCCCUCAAGAAGCAGCCCGAGCCGCCGCAGCCCAGCAACUUUACGCCGGGCCAGGAGGCGGCCAUCGCCUCCACCACCAUCAUGGUCCCCUUCGGCCUGGUCUUCAUCGUCUUUGCGGUCCACUUUUACCGCUCGCUGGUCAGCCACAAGACCGACAGGCAGUUCCAAGAGCUGAAUGAGCUGGCCGAGUUUGCCCGGCUGCAGGACCAGCUGGACCACAGAGGGGAUCACCCACUGACCCCCGGCGGCCACUUUGCCUGAUGACCGCCCCCACCCCAAGAUCUCGGAGCUGGGGAGGUGUGGAAGGAAGCCGUCCUGCCUUAAUCAUCUUAACUCCUCUCUCCCACGCUCAAACCUGGAGGACGAUUUUCUGGGAGAUGGUCUGGGGAUGCGCCCGGCGCUUCCGAGGAGAAGAGCAGGUUUUUGUUUUUAAAGCCUCCACUUAAAAACUUUCCACAGCCUUCCCUUGUGAUGGGCGAAGCACCCGAGGGCUCCAUCAGGGGCGGCUCUCCCGGGCCCCUUUUUGCGCCUCCUCCUUUUCCUACCCAACGUCCCCAAAGGGCCGUCUUGGAUCCUUCGCCCCUCGUCCCUCCUUUUGCGGAGCAGCGAGAGAGGGUGUGUGUGUGUAUUUGUGUGUGUGUGUGUGUGCGUGUGUGUGUACAUACAAAAUAUACACUUAAGGGACUUGGCUCUGUGUGUGUCCAUGUUUGUUGGGCUGGGGGUGGCCGGUUUUCCUGGGGGUGUGCCGCCCCCUUUCCGUUCUUUCUGUCUCCGCCCGAUGUGUCUUCCAUCUGGAUUGCUUUUCCCCAGGCUCAGGGCAGAGUCCUGAAGGCUGGAUGGCAGGACCAGUAGUCCUCAGGCAAUGGGGGAGCCUUCUUAAAGGGGAAGGGGCACAAAGGCCAAAGAGCUGGAAUUUGAGGAGGGGACACCAGCGCUCUGCUAACUCGGGAAUAACCCAAUUGUGGUGGGUUUCCCACCCGUAAAAUGAAGGGCACCAACUAGGUUGUUUCCACGAUCCUUUCUGUAUCCUCCAUCUCGUCUUUCUGAGCAGUGGCCGGCCUCCCAACCUGUUGGUGAUUUUAUAUCUUUUUGUAUGAAAUGCACAUAUUUUCCAGAGUUUUUAUUUGGAAAUAAACCCCAGGUUGCCAAGUCAAA